UCCGCUCAGCGGCGCUUUACGGCAAGAUGGCGGCCAACAGGGAGCCGGGCUCUGUGUUGUUUACGGGCCGGCUCUGUGCGCCGUAGCCGGUUUCCUGUGCCCCGGCGCAGAGGCGCCAUGGACCGUAGGAAGAAGCCACUGGAGGUCACGGUCGCCUCGUUGGUAGAUUUAAAAGCUGAACUCUUCCGAAAGCAAGAAGAAUUCAAGAAGGAAAAACUUCUGAAAGAUGCUGGACUUUCUGUAAAACCCCAAACAACAAACAAGAAACCAAGCAUUUGGAAUAAGCAGAACACAGGGGUUUCAAGUCGAGCUGAGAAAGAUGUUGAGCAGAAGAUAGAAGAAGAUCAAACAUUCGAGAAAGCGAGGCAGAAACUGGAAGAGAAAGCAAAGCUGUAUGAGAGGAUGACAAAAGGAGACUUUCCAGAUGAAGAAACUGAGGAUUUGUACCUUGUGGAUUUCACUCAGAAGAUCAUAGACAAACGGAGAGAAAUACAUGACCUGUGUGAGAGUGAAACUGCUAGAAAGGCAUCAGAACAAGAGGAAGAUAAAGAAAAGACACUACCUGAAAUAGAAAUACCACCCCUACAGGACCCAAAUGAAGAAUGGGUUGAUUAUGUGGAUUCCUUAGGCAGAUCUAGACGCUGUAUGAAGAAAGAUUUGCCAAAUCUGCUUAAAAUGGAUAAAGAACUUCAGGGGAAAAGACAAGGCAUUGAGGAGAAGACUCUGUUGUCUGAAGAUAUGAGACGAGAACUUCAGCGGCAGCAAUGGGAAAGAGAGGAAGAAGAGGCCCUAAAGAAACCUGUGGGACCCAUACAUUAUGAAGACAUUAGAGAGAAUGAGGCCAGACAACUUGGUGUUGGCUACUUUGCCUUUGCUCGUGAUGGAGCACAGAGAAAUAAGCAAAUGGAGACUUUGGAAAUGCUAAGAGAGCAGACCACAGACCAGAGGACUAAACGUGAACAUUUAAAGGAAAAACGAAAGGCAGUUCUGAAAACAAGGCUUUCUAAACUUAAAGCAAGAAAGAUAAAGAGACUAAGAGAAGAUGGAUUAGAGGAAGAAGCAAACAAACUAGAAAAUGAAGAAGAGGAAGAAGUUAUUGGACCACUGCCAGCUGAACCAGAAGCCCCUGUGGCUCCUAGAGUUGCAGAAAGUAGAAAAGUGGAGGUGGUCAUUCAGGAGAGAAAAGAUACAAAGGCUGGUGUGCCCUAUGUUCGAGAGUGGGAUAAAGGGAAAGAAUUUACUUUUGGACAAUGGUCAAAGAAAUGUGCAGAUGAACGAGAUCCAGAAUUUGCACCACCUUCCAAUUACUUUGUUUGUCAAAAGAGAGCCAAUAACUACCAAAGCCAGAGUUGGAACAAGCUUGGAUCCUCUCAUGAGAAACUGGGACAGGAGUCAACACAGAACAAGCCGUUUCCAUCGAUGCAGAAUUACAGCAACAAUUCGGAGGAUCAGCAACCAGUUUACCAAAGUCUAGAUGACAUGUUGUCUUACUACAAACAAAUGACUUGAGCUUAUCAAAAGCAUAAGCAAGAAUCUUAACUUAAAUAAGUGAAAUAGAAUUAUGUUCUUAGCAUUCACCUAUUGUUUCUCUCAGCUUUUGGGGAAAUAAGGUUCCUGUAAAUAGUUACCUUAUUAAUUAAAGAAAUCUGUCAUGUGAAGUAAUGCUCUCUGAACUGUAUCACACAACAGCCACACAUUUGCUUCAUCAGUGCUGUAUUGUAUUAAAAGGAUAAGUUUUGAUGGUGGUAUUUGACACUUAUUUUUUUACCCUAUAACCCUAUUCUUUGUCAUUUUCCUGCAUUUUGCCAGUUUUGAAAUUUAUGAAUAGAGAUGUUAUUUUUAAUAGGUAACACUUGUUUUAGUCCUUUUUCAAUGACUCUCUUCCCCCCCACUCCCCCAAAAAAAGGAUGUUAUUAUAAGAGCUAACUUCUAAGAAGUGUCAAAUUGAGAAUACUCUGUCAAACUGAAAAUCAAGUCCAAUGAUUAUAUGGUAAAAUACUUCUAAAGAAACAACAUUCAGCCAGUUACUCCUAUUUGCUAAUUAAACCAUCUGGUGUUUAAAUACAAAACCUUCAUUUUUUUUUUAUGAGAAACUUAUUUGCCUACCUAAUGUCACCUGUUGACUUUACUGGCUAAGGUAGUUCACUUCCUAUCCCUAAAUAGUUGUGUGGGGUUCCUUAUGUUGUUGUUAUGCCUGCUGCAUUCAGGAGAUGUGUGUAUAAUCUGUAAUUCUGUAAAGCACUUCAAAGCUUGAGAGGCACUGCAUAAAUCAAUAUAUAAUAUCCAUAUGAAGGGGUAGACCAAUCAUAAACACAUGUUUCAAGCAGAAGCCCUAGCACGUGAUACUACCAUCUUAAUAGCUUAAACAGAUCUGAUAUAUCAGUGUUUCCAAGAUACAUUUUUUUCUUGCUAGGUGUAUAUGGCUUUAUUUUAUGUUUAACCCAUUUACCAACAUACUGACAUUACUUUUAUAUGCUAUUCCAAUAAUUAUUGUAUAACUAAAUUGAUAUGCACGCUACUACUACACUUCAGAUAGCUAAUAGACGGUGGUACUUGAUAUUUAGAAAAAAUAAAUUUGAUUGCAGGGGGCAAUUUGGAUCAUUGGAGUUAUUUUGAAAGCUUAUACGAGGACACCAAGAUAGAGUACAUUUGAAAUGAAAUUUCCCAGAUUACCACUGUCACUUAACCUUAUAAAUACUAUCAAAGUGAUAAGCAUGACAGAAAAUACUCAACUUGGCAUGGAGACUGUCAAUGUUUUACUCUUGUAAUAGUGCUUUUCAUCCUAGGGUCUCAGAGUGCUUUGCAAAGGUUGGUAAGUAAUAGUAUCCCUAUUUUACCAAUAGGGUCAGGAGUGUCAAAGUAAUUUUAGUUUCAUAUUGCUGUUUAAUAGAUUUAGUGCUUGUAAAAGAUGUUGCAGAAUGAAAAUUUUAAUCCACCCAGUGUGUGCAGCUCAGCUAACAGUGCAAAUUUCUGUGCCUUCCUCACUGAUGUUUCAACCCUGACCUAAACCAAUUUUUAAGGGUUGAGAGGGGACAUCCAUCCGCAUAUCCCUCUCAUCCUCUGAGUUUGUCCCAAUGGGAAUGAAUUUGAAGCAGCAAACUAGAAGCAAACAGUUCUUUGAUAAUAAUUGUUUGGACCAUCCAAUCCCCUCUCCUUCGUGCAAAACAAAAACAUAUAACCAUGGAUUUCUUUUUAAAGAACUCAAAACAAUUAGCCAAUUUACACUGAAGUAAAAUGAGAGGAAAAUGUUCUAAAUGUGGCCACUUUUACUGACCGUCAAAGUUUAACUUUCUUUAUAAUGAUAGGUGGCACAACAAAAACAUGCUUUUCAAUUCUGAUCUCUCUGAUUUAUGAGUCAAAGUUAACGUCCACCAGAUGGCAGCGUAGUACUUACUUGCUAGUAACAUCUCACUGCAAUUGCUUUCAUCCAUGUGUGCAAUUUAUGUACCAUUCCCUUCCCAUUAGCAUUGAGGAAUUAUCUAUAUGUAUCUCCAGUACAUUGACAGGCUAUUACAGAACCCAUAACAAUUAUCCCAAACGGUACACUGAAGAAGGUAUAGCUCAGGAGCUUUGGGCUAGCACACAGCCAUUUCUACAUUUAGGCAGCUGCAUUCAACAACGCCAUCUGCAGAUGGAACCCAGAGCUGAACAUGAAACGGGCAGGGUAGUCUCAAUAGAGUGCCAUCAGUUGUGGAAUUCACAGACAUCAAGCUAAAGUUAAAUCUUGCAAACUUUAGGAACUAAUGCAUGGCUGAACUCGUGUAGCAAAUAGCUCAGCUAUACAAUGUCCCCAGCACUGUGCCCCUGGAAUAAAUAACUUAGAUUCCUCUUAUAAACAGCUUCAGUGUAUGAAGGAGGGGAGAAUGGUUUGCUAGUCUAGAAAUGUUGACAUAUUUAAAGAAUGUAAUGGUAGCUAGAAUGUACGGUAAUGGAAUCUGUUGAAAAACAUAAUUGGCUUUUGAUCAGAGAUUCAGGGAUCAAAGUCCUUUACAAAUAUUAACUAAUAACACCUUCAGGAGGUAGGGAAGUAAAUAUUACCAUCUCCAUGUUAUGAGAAGGGAAACUGAAACCAGUUAUGUGACAUGUUCAAGGCCACAAAGAACCACCAGCUGAGGAGGAUGAAGAUUUGGGAGUUCCUGAUUCCCAGUCCUAUGUUCUGGCCAUUAAGCCAUACUGAUACUCUACUAUAUAAUUCUGAGGCUCUCUUUCCCCCUAAUUUACUGCUUGUUAAUUUACCAAUCAAGAUAUGAGAAGAACUCUUCUCCUCUCACAGAGUCAGUUGAAGCCUAUGCCCAUUGUGUACAUUCUUAAAUUCCUCUUAAAUUUUAGGCCAGAGUAGUUUUGAAAUUUAGGUGAGCAAUGCUCUGUACCAGCCAAGUGGUUUAUACUGUAGGGUUCUGACCUAUUGUGACAUGUAAAUGUUCAAUUUUAGAAUGUAGAACUUGGAGAAAAUCACCUAUUCUGUUCUCGUUGACAACUAAUAUAGCUUAUAAUAGCAACAUUCAUGUUUGGAAUACCUUUGUUGUUUUUUUUAAUCAAGAGUAGGCUGCAUUUAAAGCUGUGGGUUUGAUGCAUCUUAAAUGAUCGAGGUAAGAAAUUCAAUAUAUUUUACUGUAAAAAGUUCUAAUCUACUGUUGAUUCCCAUUUUGAAGCUGUGUUUUGUCAUUACUGAAAAAUAAAAUCUCUGGUGUUCAUUAA